GUCGUAUCUCACGGCGGCUGUAGUCACCACCGUCGGAUGUUCGCUCGAGAUUAUAUCUCCCUAUAAUCUCUACCUAAAUCCUACCCUUGUGGUGAAGCAAUACCAGUUCUGGCGUCUUGUUACAAAUUUCCUUUAUUUCCGCAAGAUGGAUUUGGACUUUUUGUUCCAUAUGUUUUUUCUAGCUCGAUACUGCAAACUGCUCGAAGAAAACUCCUUCAGGGGAAAGACUGCGGAUUUCCUUUACAUGCUCUUAUUCGGGGCAACUGUUCUAACUGGUAUUGUUCUCAUCGGCGGAAUGAUACCUUAUUUGUCAGUGUCAUUCUCCAAAAUCAUCUUCCUCAGCAAUUCAUUGACUUUCAUGAUGGUCUAUGUAUGGAGUAAACAAAAUCCUUACAUCCACAUGAGUUUCCUUGGCCUUUUCACUUUCACAGCAGCGUAUUUACCAUGGGUACUUCUUGGAUUCUCAAUCCUUGUUGGUGCAAGUGCAUUGGGGAGAUUUUCUGCGGGUCAUGCAUACUACUUCUUAGCUUUUGUGUAUCCACGAAUGACGGAUCGACGUCCCUUGAAGACUCCAUCUUUCCUCAAAGCCCUAUUUGCUGAUGAGCCAGUCGUUAUUGCACGGCCAGAAGAUGUGAGGUUUGCUCAUGCGCCUUUUGAUGAAAUCCACCAAGACUGAAUCUUGAUCCUCCACAAAACACCAGCCACACUCACAGUUGAAGUGUAUUCAGAUAAUGUUAAAAGGGCAUCCAUCGACUCUUGACCUUUAUAGUUGUGGAUAAUGUGGAAGUGAGAUGGUGUUGGGUCUGAUUUUUCCCUAGUUUUCUGGUUGAUUUUCUUGUCCGAUACAAGUUGACUCCUUGUGCAUAUGAACUCAA